AUGACAGUUGUUCUUCGAGCAGCCCGCCUCCUCAUCGACAGCUCAUCCGAAUUAAUUGAAGAUGGGCUCGUAAUCAUAAAUGACGGCCGGAUAACCAAAGCUGGCUCAUUUCGAACCCUUAAUGGACUGGUUACAAUUUCACAAGGGAUUCGGGAUCUCGGAAAUGUGACUCUGAUGCCCGGGCUAUUCGACUGCCACGUCCAUAUCACAUUAGACCCUUCAAAAGUCAAUACUACCACAGCGUCAUCCUCCCUCACAGAUAAAGAAACGACUGCCCUCAUGAUCUCAAACUGCUCGAAGCUCCUCGACGCCGGAAUCACCACCGCUCGAGAUCUGGGCUCCAAAGGCCUUCUAGGCGUCAAGAUCCGAGACCUCAUCAAUGCCGGCUCUCUGUUUGGUCCCCGUCUUCAAGUAGCACACGCACCAAUCACCGUGCCCGGAGGCCACGCUCACGCUAUGGGCGGCGUUGCCCAGGGUAUUGAAGGUGUUCGUGUCGAAGUGAGGAAGCGUGCAAACGAGGGCGCAGAUUUGAUCAAGGUUAUGUCUACAGGAGGAUUUAUGACUGCUGGGAGCCAUCCGAGCCAAGCGAGGUAUACUGUUAAGGAGCUGGAGGCAAUUAAGGACGAGGCGGUGAAGUUUGGGAUGAAGGUUACUACGCAUGCUACAGGAACGCAGGGGAUUGCACGGGCGGUGGAUGCGAGACUGGAUUCGAUUGAGCAUUGUGCUUGGAUUAACGGUCAAAAUACGAAGUUUGAGGAGUCUGUUGCCAAGAAGAUAGUCGAGUAUGAAAUUGCUGUUUGUCCAACGAUGAACACAGCUUGCGUUGAGCAUAGCUAUUUCUGCCCCUGGGAUAGCCGCCAAGCAAUCGUCUCAAACCUCACUUCCCUCCGUCAAGCAGGUGUAAAAAUGAUCGUCGGAACAGAUGCAGGUAUUCCGCUUUGCCAUUUCGAGCGGUAUGCCGAUGGUUUAACCGUACUUGCGGAUGCUGGCUACACAAAUCGAGAAAUCAUCGCAAGUGCCACCGAUAUUGCUGCCAGCGUUUGUGGACUUAGUAGCGAGACGGGUAAACUUCAUUCAGGGAUGGCAGCAGAUUUAGUUGGGUUUGAAGGUAAUCCGUUGGAGGAUAUUCAUGCCUUCUCGAAACCGGUUUUCGUAAUGGCGAGAGGAAAGGAACAUAAAUUGACUCCUAUCGCUCCUGUUGCGGAUGGGGCAAUGGCUACUGCGAAGGAGAUAGCCGAGAGAUUGAGGAAAGGGGCUGGAUUGCCUGCUCAGUUUACAGAUACUUCGAUUUCUGUCUGA